ACCUUGGAAAAGGCUGUCGCGGCGCGAAUUUAUUUUGAAAACCUGUACUUUCCUCUAUUUCGGCAUCCGCCAUCUCGUGAACAGAGAAGGUUGGCUAUGGAGAAGGACAUGGCAGAGAUGCAGCUCAGUCAGGCACAAAAAGAAUCACUAAGAGCGCGCUGGCGUCAGAAUGAAACCGAGUACCUUAGAGAACGCCGACAGAAGGUGGAUGUGAGCGCCUUUACGAAGCUCAAAACCAUUGGCCACGGUGCCUUUGGAGUAGUUUCCCUCGUUCGAGAAAAAUCGACCGGCAGCUUAUAUGCCAUGAAGCAGCUUCGCAAGACCGACAUGUUGCGAAAGGGGCAAGAGGGACAUGUCCGUGCCGAACGUGAUAUCCUCAAGUCCGCCUCUUUGGUCCAUUCUCCGGGUGGGGCCGAAUGGAUUGUGAGGUUAUAUUACAGCUUUCAGGACCGAGACCAUCUGUAUCUGGUGCUUGAAUACAUGGGCGGUGGAGAUCUUUUGAACCUUCUAAUUGAGAGGGACGUUUUUGAGGAGGACUUUACUCGGUUCUACGUCGCCGAGAUGAUCCUUGCCAUUGAGUUAUGUCAUGAGCAAGGGUUCAUUCACCGCGAUAUCAAACCAGAUAAUUUUCUAUUCGACCCCGAAGGUCACAUCAAGCUGAGCGAUUUCGGGCUAGCAACUGAUCUCCAUUGGGCUCACGACACAUCUUACGGGAAGAAGACAAAGCGCAUGGAUCCUAAGGAGGUGGAACUUUUGAUGGGCGGCGGGGCAGGACAAGGUGGUAUAUUCACUUGGCGCGAGAAGAAUCGAAGAAAGUUGGCCUACUCUGUCUGUGGAACUAAUUCCUACAUGUCACCCGAGGUUAUCCGUGGCCACGGGUACUCUUACUCUUGUGAUUGGUGGAGUCUGGGUGUAAUCAUGUUCGAAUGCCUCUAUGGAUUCCCGCCUUUUGUUAGCAAUUCGCGCCAUGUCACACGGCAAAAGAUUUUGAACUGGAAACAAUCCCUGCGAUUCCCGUCUCGCCCGCGCGUUUCACAUGAAGGAGUAAACUUGAUGCAGCAGUUACUGUGCGAACCUGAAGACCGUCUAGGCUCCCAAACCACUGUUUCAGUCUCUAGACCCGAUUCCAUUGCUCACCCGUUUUUUAAGGGCAUCGAUUGGUUGAAUAUCCACCGAUACCCUGCCCCUUACCGACCGGACCUGCAGAGUCCUGAGGAUACGCGCCAUUUUGAUUCCGACAUUCCAGCAGAGGUGCGUCUCUAUUACUGUGCCGAAAAUGCCAUGAUGCUCAGGGCAUAUUGUCUCAGCCACUCGCACCUGCGAAUGGUGCACCUCCCGAUGCGACUCGGGACCCAAUGUUAA